CUGUCCCUCUGCCCUUCUGUCCCUCUGCCCUUCUGUCCACCUCUCAUUCCUCUGCAGCCUGUAGAAACACUUGUAGAUAGCUGUCGUUCCUCCGCCUCAUCAACCAAUGUGAAUGUUAUAUUCUCUCCUUUUCUCUGUGGAUUUUAGUGCUUUAACGCUCACACUAAUUUCAUGCUUCUGGAUUUCGAUUGCAUUCCAUCGCUAUCUUAUCUAUGGAACCUGCAGCAAGGAGAUGAGCCAGCUGGUUCAGGCUUCAGCACAGAGCGAGAGAGACUUCCAGUGUCUGUUGGCGUGUAUGUGGUAGAGAGUAUAUAUGUAUGUGUGUGUGUGUCUGCCGAGAGGAGAGAAGACUGCCUUCCAGCGGUGUGUGUGGGAGCAAUCGUGUUUCUUUGCUUGAGCUGGUGUGAGUGUGUGAGUUCUUUACUCUGAAUAGUAGAAGAAUGGCAGCUCGCUAGUGUGUGUUUAUGUGAAUGCAUGUGCAUGAGUGUGUGUUUUCCCGAGUGAGUGUGUUGUUUCCACCUCUCUGAGGAGUAGUAGGAGGGCAGCUCUCUCCCCCUGGCUGGGUGUGUGUGUGUGUGUGUGUGGAGAUGGCAGUGUGUGUGUGUACUACCCUGCCCGCACUGCUCCUGCUCCUGGGCUGCGGUGUGUGUGUGACAGUGGGAUACCCAUUCAGACCCCCCAUAGACCUGGAUGUCACCCCCAGAAUCACCAUAACUACCAGCGGUCUGUUGGGCUGCAGACGUUUCCAGUCCUCAGUAGUGAACUACAGUACUCUGCUACUAGAGGAGGACAAGGGUCUUCUCUAUGUGGGGGCCCGGGGGGCCGCGUUCUCUCUCAACGCCACAGACAUCUCAGACAGCACAGCUCGCACUAUUGAAUGGGAAGCCUCGACGGAGCAAAAACAGCAGUGUCUGAGCAAAGGGAAAGACAAUAAGACAGAGUGUUAUAACCACAUCAGGUUUCUCCAGAGAUUUAACUCAACUCAUCUCUACAUGUGUGGGACUUACGCCUUCAGACCUCUCUGUGCAUACAUAGAUGAGGGGAGGUUUAAAGUAUCAUCUGAGUUUGAGGAGGGCCGAGAGAAGUGUCCAUAUGGACCUGCUACAGGCUACACUGGCCUCAUCGUAGACCAGCAGAUGUACACAGCGUCUCAGUAUGAGUUCCGGGGCUUCCCGGAUGUCCGACGUAACUUCCCCUCCCCCACGGUGAGGACAGAGGAGGCACCCACACGCUGGUUACAUGAGGCUGACUUUGUGGGCAGUGCCCUGGUGAGGGAGAGUGAGGGCAGUACCACCGGAGAUGACGAUAAAAUCUAUUACUUCUUUACUGAGAAGAGCCAGGAGCAGACACCAUACUACAGCCACAUUAGAGUGGCACGGGUUGGACGAGUCUGUAAGGGAGACCGAGGAGGUCUUUUGACCCUCCAGAAGAGGUGGACAUCGUUCCUGAAGGCCAGACUGGUGUGUUCCCUGCCGGAAUAUGACUUCCACUUCAACGUGUUGAGGAGUGUGUACACGCUGUCGGGGGACACACCUCACGACACGCUGUUCUACGGCGUCUUUGGUCUCGAGUGGAAGAACGUGAAGGCGUCGGCAGUGUGCCAGUUUUCUCUGUCUGAGCUCCAGCGGGUCUUUGAUGGGCCCUACAUAGAGAACCAGGACUCUGGAGCCAAAUGGAGCGAGUACACUGGCAAGGUCCCUGACCCACGACCUGGAUCAUGUAUAACAGACCAGUUGAGAUCCAGAGGUAUCAACUCCUCCACCUCCUUGCCAGACGACGUGUUGAACUUUGUGAGGAGACACCCUCUGAUGUCCCAGCAAGUCAUGUCUACAGAGCAGCGCCCUCUGUUGUUCAGGAGGACCACAGACUACACCCAGCUGGCGGCUCACAGGGUGGAGGGGCUGGACGGGCAGAACUACCAUGUACUGUUCAUGGGCACAGACGAUGGCUGGCUGCACAGGGCUGUGGAGGUCAAGGGCCAUCUACACAUCAUAGAGGAGCUGCAGCUGUUUGACCAACCACAGCCUGUGGAUAGCCUGGUCAUCUCACACACACAGAUGAGUGUGUAUGUAGGUUCUCCCUCUGGUGUGGUCCAGCUGCCUCUCUCCACCUGUAGCAGGUACACCUCCUGUUACGACUGUGUCUUCUCCCGGGACCCUUACUGUGGCUGGGAUGGACAGGACUGUGUGGACAUCACAGCACAGACUGACAGGUCUAACCUGAGUCAGGACGUCCUGUAUGGGAACAGAGGAUGUGACAGCGACACAGCAGACGAGCUAGUCCAGCACCGGAACCGGUCUGUGAUGGUGGGAGAUGACGUGCUGCUCCAGUGUGAACUCAGCUCCAACCUGGCAACCCCAGUGUGGACUCUGGGUGGGUCAGAGCUGCAGGGCUACGGCCUGGACUCCGGCUUCAGAGUGGGAAAUGAUGGCCUCCUGGUCAUUGAGUCCCGACCUGAACAGAGCGGCGAGUACACCUGCCACGCCCUUGAGAAUGGCAUCCGGGUUGCCGUGGUUACGUACUCUGUGACAGUUCGUUUAGACAUGCCCCAACCCCGUCCCCCGCCCAUGGACCCCCCCAAGGAAGACUACUCCUACUACACCCCCCGGGACUCUGACUCAUCCAGCCUUGACCCCCCUCCUCCACCCAGCGCACCCCCCUCCUCAGAGAGGCCCCUGCUACCCCCUCCCCCGGCCCAUCUCCCCCCCACCUCGGAGCUGCUCUCCCCCAGGAGCAUGGAGGCUAUGUACCUGUCCAUGAUCACCAUCCUAGGGGGUCUGUGUCUGGUUCUCACAGUGGUUCUCCUCUACGUGGGCUUCUGUCUUCGGGGCGGCCACAGGGGGAAGUACUCUCUCCGCGCUGCCGCCGCUGCAUCUGCCAAUCACACAAACAGGAAGAAAAAACACAGGAAGCAGCAUCAGAAACGCCACAGUAGCUCCACCCACCUAGAGCUCAAGACCAUCUCCAGCCACUGUAAUGGGAAUGGGAUCUGUAAUGGUAACGGUGUCUCCAAACAACCGGGGGACGGUGACGCGCAUGAAGGGGGCUUCCUCCAGAUCGUCCCUGGGGAGGGCCAGUCCUCCCCCAACAAGGACCCCCCACCCCCUGCCCCUCCUCUCCCCCCGCCUCCUCAGACACCCCACUCUGCCCUCAACCAAUCAGAGUGUGACUUGCAAGACUUCCCCAGCCCCAACGGCCUAUCGGCGACGUUACCCAGCGUCUUGCGGAGGAUGCACGGUAACAGCUAUGUGUUGUUAAGACAGAGUGACGCAGACAGCAGUUCUCCUCUCUGCUACUCCUUCACUGAGGAACUCAACAGGAUCCUAGAGAAGAGGAAGCACACACAGCUGUUGCCCAAACCGGACGAGAGCUCUGUGUAGUAGAGGGAAUCUGUGUCAGGGAGGUAGCUCCCCCUGUGGUGGGAGGACUGAACUGGGACAUUAAUAUAGGCCAUUUAGCAGAUCCAAAGCGACUUACAUCAGUGAGUACAUACAUUUUGUAUUGGUGGCCCCAGCGACAAUUGAACCUAUGACUCGGUCAUUACAUGCUGAAGGGCCUGUUGUAAGGCUCUGACUUUAUCUCCUUCUCCAAGUCAAGAAUAGUAAUACUCAUCGGGAGGAACUUGAGAAACUGGCCCCAAACCGAGGGGUGCAGAGAUAAUUUGUGGAUGACCCAUGCUGCUCACAGAGUAAAUGGACUCUAGGCAAGUCUAUAUAACAGCAGCUAGCCUGAUCUGAAUUAUGAGAGGGAGAUAGCCUGCCAUUUGUCCUACUUAAAGGCCCAGUGCAGUCGAAAUGCUUUUUUCCUGUGUUUUGUAGAAUAUUGUACAACAGUUGAUGAAACGAACACUGUAAAAGUGUGAUUUUUUUAAAUCAGUGUUAUUCCCUAAUAUUUGCUAGUUGGAAAUACAGUCGUCUAAUCAACCUGUUUGCAUUGGCGGGAGUUUCGGCUUGCCUGGUGACACCCUGGUAAAUUAGUUAAUGGACCAAUAACAAAGAGAGUUUCUAACCUCUCUGCCAAUAACAGCUAGUUUUAAGUUUUCCCCUCCCCACACAGACCACUCCCAGACAGUCCAUUUUGUCCAUUUUAAGGUAAGGUACUUAAUUGUUACCUAGAAAUGAUUGGAUAUAGAUAUAAAAACGGCUGCAAUGGGUCUUUUUUAAAAGUUUUUGCACCACUGAAAAUGGGCACACAUCUAAUGAGUCGCUUGCAUGUGUGUUGGAAUAACAACUAUGUUUCAAAAGAGGAUAUUUCUGUACAAUAUUCAACCUUCCUAGGAGCUAUUCUUGUAUCUCUAUCUCCUGUUUGACACCCAAAGGCAUGGGUUACAGUGAGGACUCACGUAAGAUACGCCUCUCUAGGAGAGACAGAGAGAACCUACCUCAGCUCUGCAAAACUUAGCAGGCUAGCGCUAACCCAGCUCAAGUCAAUACGGCUCAGUCUGGAUCAAUACAAGACUAGCCCUGGAGGGAGUGAUUCAGGGAGCAGGCCUCAGAUCUCAGCCCCAGAAUAAGGUUCCUCGCUGGGCAGGACACGAGUGGCAGGGACCCUGUGAAGUCUCAACACAGACCAUGGUAACAAGGAGGAAAAGGAGGAAGAAGAAUAGGCUCAUAUGAAGUUGUUGUGAAUUGUGACAACGGCCUUGAAUUGGCUUGUGUUUUAAAAUGGAGGCAGAUGUCCAAAGAAGGGACCAGAUGUGUUGUAAUGAUGGUGUGCUCUACACCUUUUUAGCAGGUUUCAUAUUAGAACAUUGAGGGGAAAAGUGUAUUUGUUUUUAUUCUUAGAGGUUCUCAUUGUAAAUUAUCUUUAUUGAUUACAAUGGUAACACAAACUGUAAUAACCACAUUCAAGUAUUAUUAUUAACAUAUAGCGACGUCUAACCCAAGACAGAGAGAGUAUCCAAUUAAAAUACCCUUUGAACAUUAUAUUUGUGAUAGGAAAUAUGACAGUAUUAACAGUUUUUAUGCACUUUCAGUGCCAUUUGCUUCAGACAUUCCUUGGUUAUUAUGUACUCAAAUCAAUGGACACUACAAGCACAUCAGGACUAUGGGAGAUUCAACAUCAUCAUACCCUGUCAAGAGACAACACCAUCAACUGAGUUGGAGCUAAUGGAUUAGCAGCACCCCUACACUACUGACUCUCUUUCUCCUAACCAACUCCAACGAAUGUGUCUGAACUGGGGUUGGCAAAAUUCCCAGUUCUGAACUCAUCACAGCUCAGCCACAGAGGAUCAGACAUCACUUCCGGUUCAUGGCCAUAACAACUUAUAGGCUACACACCUGAGACCUGAGAGAUGCUAUCUAGUUUGGGGCCUGUCUGUUUCAAACAGAUCUUGCUCCAGCCAUUCUCAAAUAUGGUGUGAUGUCUGGUACCGUGACAUGAAGAUCUUGCCAACUGGGAAUAGUGUAGCUUCAAAAUGUCAGGAUAAUGCCACCGUUUGGAAUCAAACACAGCUCCAGUGCAAUUGGAAGACAGCAAUUAUAAUCCAGAGUGAGUGAGGAAAAAGUCAAAUCCUCCCUUCUACAACCAGUUCACUGCUCUAUCCCAUCUUAACCUGAGAACUGGAGUUGAUAUGGAUACCUCAGUAAGUAAUAUAGGUCAUGGUACAGUACAACUACUCUCUGCAACCUGACCUGUGUUGUUCACCUCAAGAUACAGGAGCAAACUGGGGAAAGAGGCAUUUAAUGGUCCUGGUCUUCACCUCAGACUACUCUGUCCUCUAUAGCCCUCUCUGUAAAGAUGACAAACUAUCACAACAUGGAAGCUUACUAAUAGAAUGGGGGACCAUCAUAAACUGUUGUCAGGUUUUAAAAGGACUGCACUAUCAGUGCCACUACGUUCUUUGAAGAAAAACCUUUAAAAGGGGAAAAAAAGCCUUUAUAUUGUGAUUUUGUACCAAGUUGCUCUUCUAUUGCCGUUGUUGUUUUAAAGCCAUUUGUAAGAGGCUCUGAUGUGGGUCUCAGUCCAUUAGUGUUGCACAAGUAGUCUAAUAACACUGUUGAACAGGGGUCUCCAACUCUGGAGAUCUAUCUCCAACUCCUGGAGAUCUAUGAGUGGUGCAGGCUUUCGUUCCAGCCCAGCGCCAACACAGCUGAUGCAACUUAUUAUGGUCCAGAGUCAGACUGAAGACCAUGAUGAAUUGAUUUUGUUUAGUAGGUAUGUUAGUGAUGGAUUGAAGCAAAACCCUGCACAUCCAGAUGCUCUCCAGGGCCAGAGUUUGGGGAAACCUGUUGUAGAAGCAUGGUAGGUUAGCCAACAGCAUGAUGAACAGAAUAUACCACCGUAACUAUAAGGCUUAAAUUCAAAAAUAAUAAAAUGUGACAUGAUGAGACUGUUCUCAGUCUUGCCCAUUCAUCUGGGUUUGUUUAGAUAGUUUCUCACGGGUUGUUAAGCAACAUCCACAGCGUUCUGUAUUUCUCUCUCUCUCGCUCCAUAUACUGUAUCUACCAAUGGUUUCUGUCUGUCUUUCUAGCUCUCUCGCUUUGUCUCACACACUCUCUUGCUUUAUACAGUAUCUCUACCCCUUUCUCUGUCUGUGCCUGUCUCUCUCCUUAUUUUUCUCCCUCCCUCUCCAUAUUUUUUUGUCACGUUAUGAAUAAUAUGUCCACACAACAAGAUGUCCUCCUGCUUCACUAACACUAACACAUUGAGUAGCAUCUCACUGACUUCUGGUUCGUUUACAUUUCAUUUUGAUGAGCUGAAAUUCUAAUAAACAAUAUGUUUCAACCUC